UUCACUAGUGGACUACUAUAAAUUUAAAAGAGCCUACAUAGCUAUAGCCUACAGGCCUACUAGACUUACUAUUUCAGUGUCACAAGAUUCAAUUUACACAACAGCACAAAGAGGAUCCAACAUAUAAUCUAUCUGACACAUUGAUAGAUACUGAGAUAAUGAGUUUAAGCAGGAAGAAGUGACUAAAAUGCUUGUUUACUUGUUCUGUUCUUUCAAAACCAUCAUUCCGAUUCAAAAUAUUUGAGCAAAUGCUGAUAUCUUAUUUUAGUGUUGCCUAUUUCAGUACCGUAUUCGCUAUUUCAGGUUUUUAGGAACUACAGGGCUAAUUUUUGAUUACUGCAACUAAACUAAAACUCCUCCGAAGGCGAACUGAAUUUUGAGUUAUUCAAUUUAUGCCUAAAUUCAAGAUUCUCAGAUAGCAAUGCAGUAAUGUAUAAAAAUAUGCCUAAGUCAGUGAGUGCAGGAGUAACAAUGCGUCUAAAUGGCUGAACAAAUCUCAAUUUUUUGUCACCUUUGACAUCUUGCUGAUUUUCGAAGGACGAUUUGGACCUUAUGGCUCGCGAAAAAAACGAGUGCACGUGGGAUAAAUGUUGUCACACCAAUGAGAUGGUUGCUUUGCACAGGUUUACCAAUAUUACUCGCAAUUCGGGGUUUACACAAACACAGCUUAUCACUUUCUGGUGCUAUUGCAGCUUUAUUUGUUGGUUUCACAUUGACGAUUGCAAACUAUUGUUUUAUGACUUCAAUGAUUGUGUUCUUCUUGACUUCAUCAAAGUUGACAAAAUUCAAGGCAGAUAAAAAGAGAGUGCAGGAGGAAGAUUAUAAAGUUGGAGGAUCACGAAAUUGGAUUCAGGUUCUUUGCAAUGGUGGAUUUCCAUCAGCUAUGGCAAUUCUUUACAUGAUGGAUUAUGGGAUUGGUGAAUCACCUAUAAAAUUCAGCGAACAUGGAUUCUAUGUCAGUUCAUGGCUUUCAGUCGCUGUGCUCGGCAGCAUUUCUUGUGCGUGUGGUGAUACCUGGGCAUCAGAAGUCGGUUCUGUUAUGGGUGAUGGAAGUACAAUUCUAGUAACUACGUGGAAGAAAGUUCCUCCAGGUACAAAUGGAGGAAUAACAUCAGUUGGUACAGUAGCAAGUGCCUUCGGUGGCCUGAUAAUUGGAAUUACAUAUUAUCUAACAAUGUACUUGACAUGCCCUGUCGAAAGCCAACAAUGGCCCAUAAUAUUCACUGGGAUGAUAUCAGGAUUGUUUGGUUCAUUUAUUGAUUCAUUAUUCGGUGCAACCUUGCAGUAUUCAGGUUUCAAUGACAUCACGAAAAAGAUAUCGAAUUCUCCAGGGCAAGACGUCAGAUGGAUUAGUGGGGUUAAUAUUAUGGACAAUCAUGCUGUUAAUGCCAUAACUUGCUUCAUUUCUGGCUUUACUGCGCCUGUUAUAUUUAGGAUCAUCUGUCUGGUGUUAACAUGACAAGGUUAAUAAUAUUGUGCGAUCUACCAAUUUUAUGAUGUAUUGGCCAUCCAUUGCACAGAUAAGCACUAGUGAUUGAUGCCUCUACAAGUGAGAAUUUUGUGAAUUCUGUUGUUCCAUUGCCAAGACUAUUGUACUAUCAAAUUAAGUUGAUUUACAUCUCAGACAUCAAUAAUGUGAUUUAAAUUAUAUUGCACACUUUAUUCAUUUUAAAAAAUUCAUGUACUCAACCGUUAAAAUUUGUAAAUCCAUGACAUUUGUUCCUGUAAGACCAGUUUUUAACAAGG